AUGAGAAACAUUACUCAGGUCCUGCCCUACCUCACGACCAUCUUCGGGGGCCUGGCCCGGCGCGUGGUGCUGCUGCAGGGCACGGUGGCCGCUGGAGCAAAGCGGUUCCACGUGAACUUCCAGUGCGGCUGCAGCCUGCGGCCCAGGCCGGACGUGGCCGUCGGCCUCUGCCUCCGGCUUGGGGCCCGAGCUCGGCUGGUGUGUGCGGUGCGGGAGGCCGGGCGCUGGCGGGGAGCCGUGCGGCUGUCUCGACUUGCCCUGCGGCCCGGAGACGCCGUCCUGCUCCUCUUCCGCUUCCAGGAGGACCAUGUGCAGGUGAGCCUGAACUCCCAGCCCCUGCUGUGCUUUCGCUACCGCCUGCCCCUGGCCCGGAUCAACACUCUGGGGGUCUUCGGGGACGCGUGGAUCAAGGCCAUCGCCUUCCUGCCCACCAAUCCCUUUGAUGCCAGUCAAGCCACCUGCCCCACUGCCCAGCCCCUGCUGCCAGUCCAGACCCAGCUGGCCGUGCCCUACUCCCACCCCCUGCCCCACGGCCUGACCCCCGGGAGCACCGUGAUCAUCUGGGCUACGGUGGCUGAGGAGCCAGAGCACUUCAGCCUCAGCCUGCGGGCGGCGCCCCCAGAGCCAGGCCUGGUGCUGGCCGCCUGCUUCCGCACUGGGGCCCUGACGUGGUGCCAAGGCCCCGGGGGGGCCCAUGAGGUGCUGGACGGCUUCCCCUUCCACGCCCGCCGCUUCUUCCAGCUGCUGCUGGUGGUGGAUGCGGCGGGCAAGUUCUGCUUGGCGCUCAAUGGGGUCCCGCUGGGGCCCUUCCAUGCCUCCGGCCUGGCCUGGCCCUGCCUCACCCAGCUGGGCAUCACCGGCGACCUGCGCCUGCACAGCGUCCUCUGCUGAGCCCGUGCCCGCCACCAUGCCAGCAAGGGACAG